GGGUGGGAGGGUCAGGCAGUGCGACAAAUAAGGACACAGUUCCUGCACGAGCUUUCAUUCUCACUUUUAUUUGCAAGUGCGCUUUGGACCCGCAGCUGCCCAAAAUGAGCUAAUUAACCAAACAGGAUUUGCUUGUGCUGUGUGUUCACGCUGGAAUAAUAAACUUUCUCGGCAAAUGUUUUCAAGGGGCCCUCUCUCAUGUGCCAAAGACGACAUGAUUCACUGUCUCAGAUGGACUGUUUUCCUGUGGGUCGUAAAUUCCAUUCCUUUUACUUCAGUAAUGACAGUGAAUGAGAGAAUAGAUCAUACAUGUCCACCCAUGAAGCUGGAAGAGAAAUGGAAUACCAAUGUGAACAUUCACAGAGAAUUCACAGGGUUUGAUUUAGCUCAGAAGUUUCUUCUCAGAAAAGGCACAGUGACGGACAACAGGCUGCUGUUGAGACUGGGGAGUAAACCCUUGUUUAAACCAACAGAAUUGGUGUUCCCAAAUGGACUUUCUCAUGAGUACUCCAUUAUUGCCACGUUCCGGCUCAGAAAAACCACAAAGAAAGAUCGCUGGUUUGUUCUGCAGAUCUUUGAUAAAGGUGGAGAUACACAGGUGUCAUUAAUAGUGGAUGGAGCUAAAAAAACGGUUGAGUUUUUGGCUCAGGGUUUUCUGAAAAACAGCCUCCUGUACGUGUUUAAGAACCGAGACCUGCAUGCCCUCUUCGAUCGACAUUUUCACAAGCUAGGUGUGUCUGUCGAGAGCAAUGCUGUCUCCAUCUACCUGGACUGUGAGUUGAUUGAGCGUCAGGUGACCGCUGAAAGAUCUGGCAUGAACGUGAGCGGACGCACAUUCAUCACCACCCGAGUGGAGGAUGGACGUCCAGUGGAUAUUGAACUUCAGGAGAUUCUGAUAUUCUGUGAUGCUAGAAUAGCCGACCUGGACAGAUGCUGUGAUUCUCCUGGAGUUACGUGUGAACCUGUAGUGACCCACAACCCUACAGCGGCCAGCCUGGUCACAGGAUACCUCCACAGAAUGCUGUCCAUGCCAGCCCAGCUGCCCAGUGACCGAUGCCACUGUCCCUCUCUGAAGGGGGAUCAAGGGCUUCCAGGUUUGGCAGGACACUCUGGACAAAAGGGAGAUAAAGGAGACAUGGGUUUGAAAGGAGAUCCUGGACCUCAAGGCCUACCUGGUCUCAAAGGUGAUAAAGGGGAACCAGGUCUGCCAGGUGCAGAAAAACUCUUGGUUGCGCAGCAAGCUCAAAAAGGGGACCAGGGUCCCCCAGGAAUUCCUGGAGAAAAGGGAGACGCUGGCCUGCCGGGUCAAACAGGAGCACCAGGGAAAGAGGGCAAAAGGGGUCGACGGGGGAAGACAGGAGAACCAGGGACUCCAGGACCUCCGGGUCCACCUGGAACAUGCGAUGCUGAAGCGGUUAAGGGUAUGAAGGGUGACCCGGGUGUUGCAGGAACGGAUGGACAGAAGGGCGAUAAAGGGGAUACUGGUUUGCCUGGCCUGGAGGGAGCCAGUGGAACGAAGGGGCAAAAGGGUGAGGAAGGACCCAGAGGUCUGCCGGGCCCCGUGAUGACAGCACAUGGACUGAGACUUUCUGGAUCUGGGGAAGGAGGUGAAAAAGGCCAGAAAGGAGAGAAAGGAGACCAGGGUGAAAAAGGGUCUGAAGGCUCAAAAGGUCUCCAGGGCAAUACUGGAUUGCCUGGAUUGACAGGGUCACCAGGACUUGAGGGAAAGCAGGGUCCGUCUGGUCCCAUUGGCCUCCGUGGUCUUCCAGGGGAUCCGGGCUCUCCCGGUCAACCAGGACUGCCUGGAAAAGAUGGAAUGAAAGGAGAAAAGGGUGAUUCAGGCGGAGCACCGGGACCGAUAGGCCCCCCGGGCCUCAAGGGUGAACCUGGUGAGCCCUGCUCUGUCGGACCUUGCAAUGGGGAGGAGGUCGCGUCUGGUCUUCGGGGGUUGCGGGGCCCUAAGGGUGAGCGAGGUGUACCUGGAGUCCCUGGAGAUGCUGGAGAGAAAGGAGAACCUGGUAUUGGAAUCACUGGACCCCCUGGUCUGAUGGGAUCUAAAGGAGAAUCGGGAAUUCAGGGUCCUCGUGGACCUCCGGGACCACUUGGAGCACCAGGGAUUAUGGGACCUCCAGGCCCACAAGGCAGACCAGGACCCCCUGGACCCCCUGGAGAACCGACAGCACUACCUAUUGUUGGAGACAUGGGGAUGUUACUUAAGAAUGCUUGCAGUGUGUGUCAGAACCGAGUACCAGGAUUGCCAGGGCAGAAAGGGGAAAAGGGUUCUUUUGGAGCUCCAGGUAUCCCAGGAAUGGAUGGAGAAAAGGGGGAUCAGGGACUUCGAGGCCCAGCUGGUAAUCCCGGAAAAGAGGGUCCGAAGGGAGUGAAGGGUGAGAGAGGCUUUCCUGGUCCAUUGGGGGAUAAGGGUGACGAGGGGUCCCCAGGUGUGCCAGGAUUGCCUGGAUCCACAGGCCGUAUGGGUCCACAGGGACUGAUUGGCAGACCAGGACCUGUUGGACCCCCAGGACCAAAGGGAGAACGGGGCAGCGACGGAGUGGAAGGCAGACCCGGCCCUCCUGGACCUCCUGGUGUCCCAUAUGCAGAGGGAAAUGGAAUGAGCAGUCUCUAUAAGCUUCAGAAUGGAGCGACUAAUACAGGUCAGCCCGGACCACCAGGGCCCCCGGGGCCCAAAGGAGAUGAAGGAAGGAUGGGUGAGCCGGGGCUGAUGGGAUUACCAGGUCUAGAGGGGCUGCCAGGUGCUAAGGGUGAUCCUGGCCUAUCUGGUCCACCUGGUGUUCCUGGUCCUACUGGAAAGCCUGGUCCACGUGGUGAGCCAGGGAUCCCUGGAGAGCCGGGAGAACGAGGGCCUGUGGGAGAGACUGGCUUCCCUGGACCUGAAGGGCCUCCUGGAUCCCCUGGAAGGCCGGGAAAAGACGGAAUUCCAGGCUAUACGGGAGCCACAGGCAGACCUGGAGACAGAGGUACUAAAGGAGAACGGGGAGAUACAGGGAUUCCAGGAGAGAGAGGAGUACAGGGAGAAAGAGGCAAACCUGGAGAAAGAGGGGGCAUUGGUCCUCAGGGACAGCCUGGACAGAAAGGAGAACCAGGCACACCUGGAUCUUUAACAACAUCAGGGACUGUCAGUCUGUUGGGUGAUACAGCUGCCUUGGAGGAAAUUAAAACAUUCAUCCGAAAUGAAGUAUUGCGUGUAUUUAAAGACAGUUAUGCUUUGCUGCAGAAGACACCAGCAGCUAUAUUAGCCGCACAGGAUCGACAAGGCCCUCCAGGACCACCUGGUAAUGAUGGCUCCCCAGGACCCCCGGGAGAGCCAGGACCACCAGGUCCCCAAGGGUAUCGAGGGCAGAAAGGGGAACGAGGUCAAAUGGGGUUAGGACUUCCAGGAGCUCCAGGCCCCACUGGCCCACCAGGCUCACCCGGAAGAGGACUCCAGGGUCCCAAAGGUGAUCCAGGGCCAGAGGGAAGAUGUAAUCCCAGCGACUGCUUCCAUCCAUACGCCAGACGGGACGGGUAGGAUCUGACGCAUCCUCAUCAAAACCCGAUUCGAUCCUGGAAACCUGCGAACCAGCUCAUCUACACAAGCAUUAAAUCCUAUUGAAACAAACAUAGGAUCCCCGUUGGAGGAGAAGAAACACGCAAACGUCAUCCACACAGAGCAGCCAUUACUGGUGAUGUCAUUUCAUCAUUUAUCUCCGUUUCAUUUCCCAUAUUUGUGACCGAGGCAUUCACUCAUUUCCCAUGUUUUGUGGGUAUGACGCGAGAAUUCGAAUCUCAUCAUUACACUAGUCACACCGGACAAGUUGAUGGCGAAUGCAGGUGGAAUGAGAAUUUACAUUUGCUUAUUUUCUUCAGUUUGUCGUGAAGUUGAGUUUUGAUUCAAUUGUGAUGGCUCUAUGCAAUCUAAAAUAGAGUAUGAUAACAAAUAUUAAGCUAAUGUAAAUAACGGACAUUGCAAUUGUUUUUCAAACAUGUCAUUUUGAAAAAUAUUUCAAUAAGUGUACUUUCCAGCCCUGUGUGAGGAACAUUGCUUUAGAAGGGAGUUAUCGUCAUGAUUGUCACCUCAGACGCAUAUUGAAACACGUGAGACCACUAGUAAAAUUAGAAACGAAAUUUUUCAAUUUAAUAUUUCACAGUAAAUUAUAGAAAUAACAAUGUUAAAUUUGAAUUUAUGGUUUUGUAGUGUAGUAUUCUAUUAUUUAAGAAUUAUAAAUAAAUAUAUUCACAAAUAUAUGUAAUUACAAGUUAUGUAAUCAGCAUAACUCAAGUAGUAAAUGUUCUAUAGAUUUUGAAUCCCAGAUAUUCAAAGUGGUAUCAUAAUUCAAAAACAAACACAGCAAAGAAUGAUGAAAGAAAUCAUUGCAUUGUUUUUGCGGUGUUGGUCAGUGCUGGGGAGGUGAAAACUGUUCAUGAUAUUAAUAAGCUUUAAUUGUUUACAGGAAAAUAAGACAUUAAUACAAUAAGAUGUUUUAACACCUUCAUGCUGGUGUUGUAUGUAUAUUUUGUUGUGCAUCUGGUUUGUUUUUGUGCUUUUUAUUUACAUUUGAAUAUAUUUAUCUCUAGUUUCUUUUGCUUUGUAUGGAAAGCGUCCUUCCAUGUUACUUGAAUAUUUUUUUAUAAUAUGACGUCUUUGUCAAUUUCAUAUUCAACAGUUUAACAAAUGGCAAGCCAGUUCACAUCAAACUUUGUAUGUUUUACUUUUCAUGGGCAGCAAUGUGUCUUAAGACCAUGUUUCUGUGUAAUUGAGUUCAUUUAUUUAUUUGUGUACAGUUUUAGGAUUGCAGUCUGGAUUGAGUUUUUAUUUAUUUUCUAGAUAUCUGUAAUAUCUUGAUCCAGCAUCAACUGAAGGCGCAUACGAGUCGUUGAAUCUUUUGACUUGAUCCAUCUGGCUCUGUUUUGAAGAUGAAGGUUGCUGGAGUCAUGUGGGCGGAUGACAGUUUGUGACGUUGGUGCAUUUCUGCUGCUUUCUUUUUCAUCUCAGUCUUCCCAGUCUCCUCCAUUACAGCUUUCUUGAAUUCUCGCUUUCCUUCCUUUCUCCCAGAGUUUUUAUGAAGGUAGAUUUAAGACCAAGUAUAGAAGAAAACCAAGUAAGUAAAUCAAACGGAACACAGUAUGUCAAUAUUUUCUUGUAUUAGCAUUGUUUCAAAGUUUGCUAAUACAACUUUUAAUAGAUACCCAUGAUUUUUAAAUUAAUUUUACAAAAAUAAGCAAAUAAACAAUAGCUUAUGGCUUGAAUACCUCUGCUACUGAAUAUUUGACUUUAUCUUCUGAUCACACUGCAGAAAGGUUUCAGUUUUUUGUAGGGAUUUCCAGUGCAAAUGUCUAAAGAUCAUUUACAGUACUUGACAAGCGAAUUACAUCAAAUACGAAGUCUUGUUUUAUGAGACCUUAAUAAGAAAGAAUUUAAUUUAUGAUUAGAACGAGAAAAAUAACUGCUAGUGGGCUCAGACAAACUUAAUUGAAAGGGAAAAACAAGUUUUCAGACCCCAAUGACAGGUGUUUGUUCUAGUUUUGAGCAUAACGUCAAGAUUUUUGUUCAGUUUCUCAGGAGACUAGACUUGAUAUGUUCAGUGCGAAUCCAAAGUAAUCUAUCUUGAUUUAAGGAUGCUUAAAUAUUUGGUUUGGAAAUCUAAACAGAAAUUCUGAGGAAGAUAUAUAUAUUUUUUAAAGCAUGUCAAAUUUUAAAGCCACGACUUGAUGAUUUAAGCUUUGAUUUAAGACCUUUUUAGGCCUCAGUUUAUGGAAGGUCAAACUAAGACUUUUUAAGAACUGCAGAUAUCUUUCUUUCUUUCUAUUGCACCAACAGUUAAGUGUGACAAAGCAAACUCUUAGUAGUGUUUUUUUUUUCUUUGCUGUUUUACUCAUUCUUACAGAUUCUUUAUGCUUCUUAUUUUUAUAUGUAAUGUACCAGAUUACCUCUGCUGAGAGUUUUUUUUUUUGAUGGUUCAGGACAUAAGACUCUUGUGAGAGAUUGUUGAACUGCAUGUUUAACACACAUCAGAGAGAAUCCUUCCAAGUAAGCAUCUUUUGUCUCCUUUAUAUUAACUUGUUUUAUUUAUCAUGAGAUAUAAGUGUUGUUUUUCCGUCAACCACAGAUGUUUAAUUUACAGAAAUGGGCUAUUAAUGACAUGUAGCAUGGAUACAAUAUUCUUCUCAAGGGCUAAACCUGUGGACUUACUUGAAGGACAGUCUUAAGACAAAACUCCACAUCUACCUGAUAUGCAUUGCAUCACCUGAUGGAAUAUCUGGAAGAUGAUUCUGUUUCAAUUUAGUUCUGUUCUCAUUGUGGUCAGAUAUAGCAUCGCACAUCCUUUGUCAGUUGCUUUACCUUUUUGUGCUUUUGCGAAUGCAUUUGGUUUGCAUAUUUAUAUAAUUGUACAUUGUUUUAAUAAAUGUUUAAUUUAACAUUCAUUGUGAAACAGUAGUGUCUUACGUGUCUCUCAAUAUGCAACUGUAUUAUUCUGACUUAAUGACAAUCCAUUGUGAAAUGUGGUCAAUCACUAUGUACUUUAUGAGAGACAAUAUAAGCAUGGAGUUCGGUUUAAAUGGUAGGCAAAAGUUGAGAACUAUUGCCAUUGGAGACUGUUGUAGAUUAAACUAUGAAUGUACUAACAUGUUUGGUUCAUUACUAUUAUUUUAGAGGUAGAUGCCUGGUUUGAGAUGUUUUUUUUUUUGUUAGUUUUUUUGCGUGAUGUAUAAUAUUUGUUAAUAUUAAUUGAGCUGUAUGUUUCUCAUGCUUGUGUGACUUUAUGCCAAAUCGCAAUACCUUUUAAUAUUUAGCUUAGAUUAUGUACUGUACAAAGAUUUGCCAUUUCGUUAACUGUAUGCAUUCGAUUGUGUUUUAGGAUGCUCAAGUUCGGUCUUUCAGCAUUCCACUUACAUUGCUAUUGUUUAGAUUGUUGAGUGCAUUGUAUAUGAAUAGUGACCAGUGGCCUCAGAAAGAAUUUUGGCACUUAAAGAAAGUGCACCCAAAAAUUAACAUUUGCUUAAAAAAAUAAGGUUGACUUUCAAGCCAUCGAAGAUCUACUGUAGAUGUUUUUCUUCUUCAGAACCGAUUUGGAGAAAAUUAGCAACACCUGCUCACCAGUGAAUCCUUUGCAGUGAAUGGGUGCCGUCAGAAUGAGUAAAAACACCCCAGUGUAAUCCACAUGACUCCAGUCCUUCAAUUAAUGUCUUGUGAAAUAAAAAGCUGCAUGUUUGUCAUAAACAAAUCCAUCAUUAUGAGUUUUUAUUUAUCUAUUUUUUUUUAACAUCAAACUGUUGCUUCCCGUUAAAAUACAAGUCCUCUAUCAUAAUAUUGCUUUCUUGAAGGAAAAAGUCAUCUUAUCUGAAUCAGGAGAGAAAUAUGCAGAGAUCAAGCAUCGUUUACAGGCAAGAACGGUCUAAAACUGUUAUAAAAUGUGUUUCGACAACAGGGGAAUGACUUGUUUUGGUCAGAAGCAUUGAUUUAAAGUUAAAAUGCCUUCAUGUAUUUAAGAACUCACAGCUUUUCACUUCACAAGAUGUUAAUUACUUGUAGAUUAUUGGGAUGUAUUUAUCAGCUGUUUGGACUCUCAUUAUGAUGGCACCCAUUCAUUGCAGAGGAUUCAUUGGUGAGGAAGCGAUAUAAUGCUAAACUUCUCCAAAUUUGUUCUGAUGAAGAAACAAACUCAUCUAACAAACUCAUGGAUAAGUACAUUUUAAGCACUUUUUCAUUGUUGGCUCAACUAUUCCUUUAAAUUAAUUGUUUAAAACAUAACUUUGUUUUGUGAAAUGUUUGUUUUCUAAUUCAAUGGCAUGCCUAAGUGUCCAACUGCUCUUUGAGGCCACUUUAUAUAUUCAUUAAAUUUCUUUUUUUUUUAAAUUAACAUUCAAAUUAAUGAAGUGAAUGACAUUUUAUGUAAUUCUCACUUAUCUCCCUCAUUUGAUUUCGCUUCUGAUUAUUGCUGACUUCGGUUUGCCUGCGUCUCUGAAUUAGUAUCUAAAAGGGCAAUCGAAAUGUGUUUGUGCCAACAUUUUUGCUCUGGCAUGUAAUGAGUUCUUUAAGUGAGAAAGAGUGUGGAAAAAGCUGUGAUAAGUGCAGCCGGGCUAUUCAACAAGGAAUUGUUACUUGAAAGGAAAAAAAAGGCAUAAGAAUGUAUGAGACCUACAUUUAUUUUGAAUUCCUAUAAACACAUCACAUUUUUAUUUAAAUGUGUUUCCCUUGGAUCUCUGUACAAACUUCAUCGUCAUUGAACACCUAUGUAAAAUAAAUAGAAAUACCAUGAAACGACA